AUGACGUUUAAAUCAUUGAUGAAUUUCGGAGGCUACAAGGAUUCUUAUUAUUCUAACGUUGAGAGGUACCACAGUGGUCCCGGUGGCUAUCACCACAGCGGAUCCGGAGGUUACCAUCAUGGUUCACGAGGGACAACAUGCCAACGACGCCGGCACCGACAACAGGGUUUGUUAUACGCGACGUUGAUCAACCAGUGCUGGUGGACGCGAAGGAAGAAAAGGAGAACGCCAAGAGGGACGAGGCCAAGAUCGCUAGUAGUUACGGGACACCAGCAAAAUCCAAGAUCCAAAGGCUUAACAUGAAUCCUUCGAGAUCGCUUGGGGGCCCUUUAGAAACAGGCAGAAGAGAGAAAAUUGAAGGCUCGUCGCUGGAUCAAUCGAUCUCACAUGGAGAACCGUUUGUCGUAAAUUAACGAAGACCCGUGUUCCCUUUUUUAUCUUGAAAUCUUUAUAAUAAUUGAUAUAUUUCUGUAACAAUUAGAAACCCUCCAUAGGCAACCUGGUUUAUUUGUCAGUGUCAUAAGUUCUAAAUUCGACUGACAAAUCAUUGAUUCGAUUAGAUUUGAUUGAUUGCGAUUAUGCUCGUGAAAAGAACAGAACAUUCUGGCCUGCCCAAGGAGGAUUAAUAAUCUCCGAAUAAUCUUAGACAAUUCGUAAUAUUCUCUAGUAAACAGUUUCCCUCAAUUUCAUCCUGUGAACUUCUCGACUCGUGGACGAUUCCUUGCCACGGAUUCAUCCGCAACGUCCGGUACAAAGCCGCUCCUCGGUCUCGCAACUUCCUGACGGCGAGAGAGCAUUCUAGAGUCCAGAGGAACGCGUGUUUAAAAUGAUUGAACCAUUCGUCAAAACACAAACAUCUUUUUUAUUCUCUUUCUCCGUCCGGUUGCUUUUUCUGCAAUUCUCUCUCUCUCUCUUUCUCACACACUCACUCUCUUUGAUUUCUCUUUUGUCUUAGCCCUUUCUCUCCCACUCUCUCACACCACGACUCUCCGCAGCGUUUUCGCGAUAUGCACUAUCCGAUUCUUCUUAUUUACACAACAGUUCUUUCUUUUUUUUUUCUUCUUUUUUUCUUAAAAACAUCGAAACAUCGUAACAAGGGAAGUUCGGCAGCUGGAAAAUUCAAAGAAGACAUUUGAAACUACACGUGAUGUUGGUAAUUAGCACCGUGACGUAUAGCAAUUUCAGGGAUGAAACACACCCUUUCAAAGACUUUUGACAUCAUUAUAAACAAUAAUAUCCUACUUGACUUUUCAUAUUAUUAUACAUACUUACAAAAUUGUAUAAAAUAUACAGUAUGUGAUUUCCUAAUGUUGCACUUGCGCGAGGCGGCAGCCAUUGUGUGGUGCAAACGUGUCUUCUGCGCAUGCGUGUAAUGUGGAGACGCUUUUGCGCAUGCGUGUAAUGUGCACAUGCCUAACGCGCAUGCGCAUGAGCACUUACAAGAAAUUCUACCUUAAGUACACAGAAAAUAAAUUAGAUUAAACGUUGUAUUGUUUUCUAUGGUCUUUCCUGAAGAUUUUUCACCAUCACAACACAGACCAUAAAACUUUUACAAUUUAACUUCUCUUUCUAGAUUUCACGGAAUUUCGCAAAUAUUCACGAUAUCGUGAAAAGCUAAACGUUCCUUUGGAGCGGCGUUUCUCACUCCUAGGACGAUUUUUCAGUGAGAAAAACAAACUGUUACAUCAUCAUCAACGCGCCAACUGCUUUCCCGCGGAGUUUCAAAUUUUUCUCUCAAUUUUGUUCCGAACUUUCCUUCCGAGAUAUUUCGCAGACGUCUGCUAGUCGUCAAGUAGCUUAAAACGUAACUGUGAACGUUGUGUGUAUUGCUAAAGAGGGGCUGGAGGAAUAAACUUUAACCAGACUGAAAUGUCCCAGCGAGUUUUUAGGAGUUUCCCUUCCGACAACUUUUCAUUUUUCAUUUUCUUUGCUUUUCCUUGUCCAGAGGAACUGGAGAACUCGAUUCAGCUUUGGCAAAGUAAUGUUUGUAAUUUUAUCUCACCGUGCUACUGUUUCUUCUUUUUUCUCGAAAAUACUGAGAUAAUCGCGCGAAAAGCUCUUGCUUUCUCAAAACGACCGGGCCGAGAUAGAAUUGGCAAUACUUAUUAAUUAAAUUAUUAUUGCAAAAAGUAUGACGGAUAAAGAACAGUUUUAAACGGUUCGUAGACUUUUGCUGGAGAACGGAAGUAUUAUCUGCAUCGAGCAGACGACCUUCAGAAUUAAUCUAUAAAUACAAUAAUUAUUUGCGAAAAUAAUUGAAUCUGAAUAGAAAAUUUUAAGAUAGAAAAAUGACAGAAAAUUUUAAGGAGUAUUUAUAUAUACAUUUUGAAUGUUUUACACAUUUCUGCACUAGAAAAUACAUAAAAAUUCGUACUGUACAAUCAAUAUUGUAUCAAUCGAAUUAUCUUCAAAUUGCGUUUUUUUUUUUUUUUUUUUUUUUUUUAACUUAGUCGAGUCUAUGGAAGAAAAAUCCACAGACAUUCGCUUGA